AUGAAAACUCCUCUAAAUGAUUUAAUAAGGGAAUGUAAAGAAUUAGAUGAUUAUUCUUCUAAUUUAAAAAAAAAAAACUGCAAAAUUAUUUCUUAUUUAAAAAAUAAAUCUAAAAUUAAUUCUCUUUUAUUAAAUACAAAAGAAAUUAAACAGAACCAAUUUUUAAAUGGUGAAAGUAGUAAAUUAUAUUUUAAAGAUGAAAAAGUAAAUAAUUUACAAAACAAAGUAUCUAAUUAUUUCGAUUUAUUAAAUAAUGAUAGUAUGAAUGUGAAAAAUGAGUUAAGAUAUAAAAGUAGUAAUCAACUUAACGAAUUUAACAUUAUUCCCAAUAAUCCACCUGGAAAGAAAAAGCGAAAAGAAAAAGCUGCUUUUCUUAAUAAAAUUAAAACAUUUAGUAAUGUAGAAGAAAACAAAUAUAAUAAAAAUAUCUUCCUAAAAGAAUAUAAAAAUAGUACAAUAAGAAAAAAAGAACAUUCUAAUGAAUACAAUGUUCCAAAAAUAGAAAAUAAUUAUGACAUUAAAAAUAAUAUAUAUAUAAAAUGUAUGAAUGUAGAUAGAGGAAACUCAGAAAAAUAUAGAAUUAAUUAUUUUUCUCCUAAAGAAGAAUUAACUAUUAACCAAAAUGAAUAUAAUUUCAUUAAUAAUUACAAUAAAAUAUCAAGAAAAAAAUGUAAUAUUAAGAAUAAUAAUUCUAAUUAUGAUAAUUUAUUACAAAUAUAUGAACAUAAAUAUCUUAAGAUCAUCUCUAAUGCAAAUAGAAAAUCGUCUUCAAAACAUAUUUAUAAGAAAGAUUAUUCUGUAAAUCUAUUAAAUGAUAAAUUAAAUAAUAAGUUAAUAACUGAUAAUAAUAAUAAUUAUCAAGAUAAAAAGAAAAAAAUAAAUUAUUUAGGAAAUUCAAAAAUACCAAACAGUAAUACAUAUGAAGAAAUAAAUAAUCAAAACAAUUUAAAACACACAAAAAAUAAUAAUUUAAAUAAUUAUCUCAUAAAAAGAGAAACUGAUAAGAUUAGUGAUGAUAAUAAUAAUAAUAUUAAUGAAAAUAAUAAUAAUGUUAAUAGUAUUAAUAUUAAUGAAAAUAAUGAUAAUGUUAAUAGUAAUAAUAUUAAUGAAAAUAACAAUAAUGUUAAUAGUAAUAAUAUUAAUGAAAAUAAUGAUAAUGAUAUUAGUAAUAAUGAAAAAAGUAUUGAUGAUAAUAACAUUAACAACUAUAAACAAAGAUUAAAGAUUAAUAACAAUUUUGAUUCUAUAUUCAAAAAUGAAUUUAAGAAUAACAAUUAUUCAAUGGAAAUAAAUUUUUCUAAAGAUAAAAAAAUGAAUAAUGAUAUAAGAAAGGUUAUAAAAAGUAUAAACACUUUAUAUAGUUUUAUAAAAGAUAAUGUUGCUAGUAAUAAUAAAAUAAGAGAAGAAAUAGAUGGAAAUUAUUUUAACAAUGAUUAUAAUAUGAAUUUCAAUGAAUAUUCAUCUAUAGAUAAAGAACAAAAUCUUCAUAAUUAUGCAAGGAAAAAAUAUAUAGAAGAAUUUAAAAUUCUUAGAAAAAAACAGAAAAAGAAAAUUAAAAUAAUACAAUGUGAACAUAUAAGAAAAAAGCAAAAUAAAAUAACAAAAAAAAAAAUAGGAAAAUUAAAUAAAAAAAUACACAUAAAAAUUUCACAAUCGACAUUCAAUUUAGAAAAAGAGAUUCGAUUAGAAGAAAAAAAGAAAUUUGAAAAUAAAAUAAAAAAAGAAGAAAUAGAAUAUCUACAAGAAAUGAAAAAUAACGAAAAAAGAAAAAUAAUGAAAAUAUUAGAUAAUGGUAUUAAUAAAUCAAAUGCAGAAUUACUUGAAAUAGAAACAAAAGAUUUGAUAAAAAAAGUUGAUGAAACAAAAUGCAAAGAUAUUAAAAGUUUUAUAUUUUCAGAAUUAAAAAAUGAGCUAUCUUCCAAUUUACUCAUAACAAAUGACAAUAAAUCAUAUAUUUGUAACAAUAAAUAUAUAUACAAAGAUAAUAAUUUGAAAUUAGAUAAAAAUAUAAAAUCACCUAAAGAAAUAAAUAAAAACAGAACGAAACAUCCAACUUUUUUUGAGUCUACUAAGUACCAUAGUAAUAAGGAAUCAAUUAAUUAUUUAAAAAAAAUAAAAAAUAUUAAUGUCAGAAAUUUUCUAAUUUAUAAGAAAAAGAAAAUAUUUACUAUAAAUAAAAAUAAUUCUAAGAAUAUUAACUUAAGAAAUAUAACAACAAAUAAUAUUAAACUAAAAAAAGACAAUAACGAAAUAUUAUUAAAAAAUAAUAUAAAAAGAAAAUUGAAAUCAGCAGUUGAAGAUAAUGCUAAUUUAACACUAUCAGAAAAUGAGAAUGAAGAUAUUACAAAAAAUUCGAAGGGUGAUUUCUCUGAAUGUAGUGUCAAUAUUGAAAGAUUUAAUAAUAUUAGCAAAAAUAUAUUUAAAGAAGAAUGUCCUGAAAUCAAAAAUUACAACAAUAAUUAUAAUUUAAAAGAAUAUAUUACAAUAAGAAUCAAUAAUAAACAAAAUUAUGAAGAAAAAAAAAAUAUAUUUGAUAGUAAUAAAUUUAAUUCUUUAAAUAAAAGUGGAUUUAUAACAAAAGAAUCAGAAAAUAUAAAUAUAUUUUGUAAAAGUAAGAACAAAGAAAAAAAAAAUAAUUUGGGAAAUCUUCAAAAUUAUAGAAAAGAAUUAAAAAGAAAAAAUAAUAUUUUUAAUAAAAGUGUUAAUAAAACUUUAGAUAAAAAACUAUAUGAGAAUAACAAUUAUUCUUUUUUCCCAAUAUUACUUAGUCAUAAUAACAUCAUAUAUAUAGAAGAACAACACAAUAGAACAUAUAUAUAUUUAGUAAAUAAUUUAAAUAAUGUUAUUCAUAAUAUCUUUAAAUAUAAAAAUAAAAUAUUAUUUUUCCAUGUUUUUUUUUAUAUUUUUAAUUUAUUUUUAUUUUAUAAAUUGUUAAAUACUGAUCUGUUAAAUAAACAAGGGAAUUUUGCUACAAAAGAGACCAUUUGCAUUUUAUAUUUUAUGAUUAUAGAAUUUUAUUUAUUAUUUUUAAAUAAUGCAAUUUUUUUUUUUUUAAAAAGUCAGAUGCGAAAAGCUAUUGCUUUAUUAGAUAAGGUAAAUUUAAUAUAUUCAUUAAGUAAACUUUUUCCAAAAUAUUAUUCAUACUUUAAAAGGCACUUUUCUAUUUUAGAAGAUAUUGAUAAAGAAUUACAUAAAAAAAACAAAAAAAUAAUAAAUUCAAAUAAUUUUGAGGAUUUAUUAAAUAGUAAUUGUAUUAUUAAAAGUGAGAAUAACCUAAAUGAUUUAGAAAAAUUAAAUAACAAAAAAGAAAAUAAUUCUGACAAGAUAAACCAAUUAGAUAAAUUAAAUAAUUUGGAUUUUAUACCUAAUAAUGAAGAAAAGAAGAAAAAUAAAAAAAAAAGCCUUAAAGGAUUGAUAAGAAAAACAGAUAAAAAUUUAGAUUUUAAUACAUCUAAAAAUUGCAAAAAUAUAUAUAUUUACCCAUCUAACAAUGAAAAUAGCAAAUAUUUUAAUGAUAAAGUAAAAUAUAAAGAAAAUAAAAUGGUUCAAAUAAAUAAAAAAAUAAAAUCAAAUGAUAAAAUAAAUUUUAAUUAUUCUAAAUCAAGAUACCAAAUUAAAAAAUAUAAUGAUAAAGAAAUAAUUGAUUUUAUGUUUUUCAUAUUAAGUAACCAAAAAAAUCUAAAUUUAGACAAAUUAUUUUUUUUAAAAUUAAGAAAAUAUACCAAUUAUUUAAUAAUUUUUUUUUUUGCAUUAUUAAUUUAUAUUACAGUAUAUUUUGAAAUAAAGGAUCCUUUCUAUUUUUAUUUGCAAAAAAAUUGCAUUUUUUUUACUUUAGUUUCUUUUAUUAUACUCAUUCAAAUACUUUUUUGUAUAAUAAUAGAAAUUAAAAAAAUAUUUGUAGAAGAAAUGAGAAUAUUUUUAAAUAAAAGGAUUAUUAAUCUAGAAUAUCCAUUAUAUAUAUAUAUAAAUCAAAAAUUAAAAUAA